AUGCUUAGCGGUAAUUUAUUAAUUUAUAACUGGCUUAGAAUUCAUCGCUUGACUUGUAGAAUAAGGUGGGUGACUGUGAGUGGAUACUCAUAAAUUAAAAUGAAGCUCGGACUUAUUAAUUUAAAAGCCCAAAUAAAUAUCCAGCAUUUGAUUUUCAAUUUUGAGUUUGAUUCAAAGUUAAACACAUCCAGCAUCCAAAGAGGAUAAUCAUUUUUGACCUAAAACCGAUAGGUGGUUCAUAAGUAAUACAACUUGUUGAAGAGAUCUGAAGUUUCUGUUAUAAAUUGGUAAUGGAGGAGAAUUCUGACCAUUACAGUCAAUGUUUCUACUUAUAAAUAAUACUUUUAUGAUCACCCAAUCUAUAAAGUUUAGGUUAAUAUAAUUAUAAACACAAUUAGAGAAUGUAGUUUUGUAUAACCAGGACAAAUAUUAGUGGAAUCACAAUUAGAUUAUGGUUCAGCACUUCUAUUAGAGUUUUUUAUUUUCUUAGUAGCCAUCAUAAUGAGAUUAGAAAUUACAGUAAAACAAAUGCAUUUAUUUAACAAUUCAAGUGAAUACAACAAAUGCUAAACUACAACUACAUGGAAUCUAACUACACUAUAAGAGCAAAAGUAGCAUUUUAUUUGA